AAAGAUGCAACGAUGGACGAGAACGGGCAAAAAGGUGCGUUAAAUCCGUGUGUUAACCCUACCGGAAGUCGUUUGUUGAUGUGUGGAGUACCGUGCGGGGUAAUAUCGGUUGGACCGGGCGUUCGGGUCGCGGCAAUCCGGGAAAAAUGGAACAUCUGAGAAGGAAUACCGACGACGACGAGAGGGGACGCCUCAAGAUGCGUGGGUGUGAACAGUGCCUCUCUAUCUCUCUCUCGCCCACUCUUGCGUUCUUGUUUAAUUCUCGUGUGUGUGUACUGCGGCGUUCUGGGCUGCUGCGAUGAUGAUGACGAUUGAAUAACCCUGGGGGACUGGCGCCUCAUUGUCGAUCGUCGUCUUCUUAUCAUCUCGUGUCUUGCUGGAGCCCCAUCUUCUUAUUGUAAGGCUACCCCUCCCCCUCGUUCUAGUUGUGUUUCCCUUUCAUUCACACACGACGGCCGUGUGUGUGUGUGUUUGUUUCUGUACGUGCGUGCGUGUGUGUUGAUAAAGUUGUUUGCCUCCAAAAAGGUCGUAAGGCGCUUAUGUUUACUAUGCGGCGGCGACACCCCACUCCACUCUGUCGUGACUCAUCGCCAUCAGCAUCAUCAUCGGCGUCGCCGUCGCAGUCGUCGCAUUCGUGGGAAUCUCGUCAUCUGCACGUCCGGAAUGCAGCGCGAUAAAACUUAUCUAUCCGAGGACAAAAACACGGCAUGCGCCAGUUGCUACAACACGAUAGAAGCGGAACGGCAUGUGGCCGCCGUCGGUCAGCUGUGGCACGCGGAAUGCUUCAGGUGUUCUGUUUGCGACGUACGACUGUCGAGCUGGUAUUUCGAGAAGGAUGGUUUACUGUUUUGCCGCGAAGAUCAUUGGUCCAAGUUUGGGGAUCGCUGCCAGCAGUGCGCACAGAUAAUCUCUGGUCCCGUGAUGGUUGCUGGUGACCACAAGUUUCACCCCGAGUGCUUUCGGUGCGAUGCGUGCCGGAUCUUCAUCGGUGAUGGCGAAACGUACGCGCUGCUCGAGCGCUCGAAGUUGUUCUGUGGAGCCUGCUACAAACACCAACACUGUACGCUGCAGAAUACGGUUGCCAAGGGUGAAAGCAUUAGCGAUGCGAAGCGUAAAGUGCCGCACUCGAUACGAUUGGUGGAAAUUCCCUGGAGCAGUGCACGAACCGACCGUAUACGGCUGGCAACCGAUGAGAAGCUGCUGUUCGGUGGACCGGGUGCAAUGGGUGGACCUACGACCGGUUGCAAAAGCGUUAGAAUCUCGGAAGUAACGCUCAAUACGGAUUUAAUGUCCUUGCGGGUCGGUGAUAAGGUCCUUGAGGUAAAUGGUACACCGGUUCGUGAUGUGCCGCUUGAAAACCUGCAGAGUAUGAUCGAAAACUCGGGCAAAGUGCUCCAGCUAACGGUCGAACAUGAUCCACAUCUUCUCGCAGAGCAGAAGCCACAGAAGCUGCAGCAGCAGCAGUAUGGCUGUGCUGAUGGUGGAGAUACGAUUGUACGUGGUGCUAGUGUAGAAACGUAUCCUUCUUGUAAAGUGCUCAACAACAAUGAACGUGAGGAGGCAGGUGUGGAAGAAGAAGAGGGGGAAGAAGGAGAUGGUCAGUCCAGUAGAAGCCUGUCGCCCAGCAAACUGGAGCGGAUCUUCCGCAAAAAAGAUGAAGGCUACAUGAGUGGAUCAUCGCGAAAGCUACAGAAGCGCCUCAAGGAUGUCAAUUGCAACACAUCUUCGAAUAGUUUAAAGGAUAAGGAACGCAGCUCUAGCAUGUCCCGGUUGCUAGAUGAGCAUCGUAGUGUUGCCGCCGGCGGUGAGUUUUACGAUCUAUCGCGUACGAAAUCGUUCCGGGUGGAACAGAAGGCGGCCCGGAUCUUCCGUGCGUCCGAUCUGGUGCAGGGUGAGCUGCUGGGGAAAGGGUUCUUCGGUCAGGUCUUCAAGGUAACGCACCGCGUGACGCAGGAAGUGAUGGUACUGAAGGAGCUGUAUCGGGUGGACGAGGAAGCUCAGAAAAACUUCCUCAAGGAGGUGGCCGUACUGCGCUCGCUGUCCCAUAAUAAUGUGCUGCGCUUCAUCGGAGUACUGUACAAGGAUAAGAAGCUACACUUGGUGACGGAGUUCAUACCGGGCGGUUCGCUGAAGGAGCUUAUCCACGAUUCCGGGCUUCCGCUCAGUUGGUUACAGCGGAUGUCGUUUGCACGGGACAUUGCCCGUGGUAUGAGCUACCUGCACUCGAUGAACAUCAUCCACCGGGACCUGAACUCACUAAACUGUCUCGUGCGCGAGGACGGUACGGUGAUCGUGGCUGAUUUUGGGUUGGCGCGCAUCAUUAAACAACCGUUUAGUACGGCCUUCGAAAAGUGUACGGCCAACGGCAGUACAACGGGAACGAUCGGGCGGCGAGCGGGUGGGCGUCCACGACGCCAGCGGUAUACGGUCGUUGGCAAUCCGUACUGGAUGGCACCGGAAAUGAUGCGCGGUAACAAGUACGACGAAAAGGUGGACAUCU